AUGGAAGAAGUCGAAGCUCUGAGAGUUUUGAAUGAAUUGUCCCACAUAAAUAUUGAUAAUCCGGAUCUAACAAGUGUGUUGGAGAGCAAGGUCUUGUUUGAUCGCUCACUUUAUUCUCUUCCGGAUUGUCCUGUGCGUCGUCGUUUCUUUUCUGUUGUUGAAUGUUUUCUAAUCAGCCUAUGGCAGAAAAGCUUUUUCGGAUGCAAAUGUUUGGAUGAGGAGGCGCAGCAUAUCCUUACCAUAUUUGGCGUUUUGAAAGAUGUGGUCCAGGAAAUUAACUUCAGUACGGAGACUGUGUGGUUUGGUGGUGAGCAGGCAGGCCUUGAAACUAAUCCACUGAAUAAUGCAGUCGCAUUUCUCAGUUGCUGUUGGCAUGCAGCCGCACUUGCUGUCAAUAUUUGUGAUGCUAGUGAAAUUCAGGACUUAUUAAAAGCUUCAACUCGCCUGAUUCCGCAACGCAGUUGUUUGUUAACAGCCUUACUGACACAGGAUGAAAGAUGCCUUUCUGUUGCUGUUGCAUUACUGCGCCUAGAAGCUUCUAAAAUCGACACGCCACCUCAGCUCAAAGCAAUGUGGUUAUUCCGACAUAUUUUAUUUUCUAUAGCCUAUGACCAUCAGGUAGUUCUGGAUUGGCUUCAUUCGGAGUUAGCCGCGGUGCCUUUCGUAUUACGUUUCCUCAAAAUAUUGAUCAAACAACAGAAGGAUGUUGAUCGACAACAAUAUAGUGGUUUUUCGUGUUCACCGUGUUGUGAAAGGAACAAGAAAAUUCGGUUUGUUCGAAGCAAAACGGUUUCUUCUGGUAAUGAUCUAACUCUUCGCAUUCGGCAGUUGCAUGGAGAUUUACCCGUCACUAUCCCCUACACAUUUUCGAAGAUCGAAAGGGAAGUAUGUCUGAUGGUGCCUAAAUCUAGUGAAGAGGAGUCAGGCGACCAGCAAAUUAUAAAAUGUUUCGAGAACUUACGAACUUCCUGCAUACGGUUGCGAAAUUCGGGUGAUGCCCCAUUUAAUGUGAUGCCCAUAAUUGGGAUUGUUGAACAGCUGAAGAGGGCAGUAAUGGAGAGUGAUACUGUGUCAGCAUGCAAGAGCAGCCGCGAAAAUCAGCUGGAGACUAAUAUGACAUAA